AUGGCUAAAUCUCUGAAUACUUGGCUGACGCGCACGACCGGCGUGAAAGUCCCCUUCAUGCAGGGCGGUAUGCAAAACGUAGGCACCGCUGUUAUGGUCUCUGCUGUCGCAAAUGCCGGUGCUCUGGGGUUCCUGACUGCAUUCACUCAGCCAACUCCCGAGGCUCUGCGGGCCGAGAUCCGCAAGUGCAAAGAGCUUUCCGGCAACAACGUCUUUGGAGUUAACUUCACUCUUUUGCCCGCUAUCAACCCCCCUGACUAUGUUUCGUUCGCGCAAGUCGCUGUAGACGAGGGGAUUUGGAUUUUCGAGACUGCCGGAAACCCCAAGCCGGUUAUGCCUGUUCUCAAGUCGGUCAAAAACGCUAUUAUUAUCCACAAGUGUGUCAAUCUGAAGCAUGCACUCAAGGCUGAAAAGGCCGGUGUUUCUGCCAUUACCAUCGACGGUUUCGAGUGCGCUGGUCACCCGGGCGAGGAGGACAUCACCACCCUGAUUCUGCUUGGCCGUUGUCGGCAGGAGAUCUCCAUCCCCAUUUUGGCUAGCGGCGGCUUUGCCGACGGCCGCACUGCGGCUGCUGCCUUUGCAAUGGGUGCUCAGGCCGUCAAUAUGGGUACUCGCUGGAUGUGCACCAAGGAGGCCCCUGUUCACGAGAACGUCAAAAAGACCAUUGUUGCCGCUAAGGAGACCGACACAGCUCUUCUUCUGAAGCCUCUGAACAAUGCUGUUCGCUGCUACAACAACGCGGUUGCCAAGAAGGUCCAUGCUGCCGAGCUUGACUCUGGCAAAAAUUUCGAAUUCGGCAUGAUUCGCGAUCUGAUGGCCGGUGCCAAGGGCAAGCAGGUUUAUGAGACCGGCGACGUUGAUCUUGGUAUCUGGUCCGUUGGCCAGUCUCAGGGCCUCAUUCACGAUAUCCCCUCAUGCCAGGAGCUCGUCGACCGGUUGGUGCGCGAAACCAUCGACUGCCUUGAGCAGGGAUACUCUAUUAUUCAAAACGGCGCGAAUCUGUAG